AUUUGUCUAAUUUGCAGAUACAUUCGUUGUCGGUCCCCGCGAAACUGUCCUGUCAUCGUUCCGCACAAUCAUUAAUAUCAGGCAUACUUCUACAUGACUGUGUUUGGGCGUAGCGCUAGCGCCCGUCUCGACCUAAAUUUAGUGGUAGCGCACAAGACCACUGUGCGGCUCGGUGGCUUUAGUCGGUCUCUUUUUUGUAUGCACCUCGGCCAACGAAGAAACAGAGGCGGUAGUUUCGUAUACUCUAAUGACAAAAAUAAAAAAAAAAGUAGUGUUCAGAAGAGCCACUCCUGUUAUCGUUUUGGAAAAAAGUUAGUGGAGAUCCUGCUCCCAGUUGCUGUGCAUGGCAUGUCGCCCCAACCACACACUGGCCGAUGUGUCUGCACAUGCCCGCGGUGCUACUAG